AAACACACUCCUAAAUUCAAUUUGGUAAGAAAUCAAAGACAGCGGGGAAAAGAAAAACACCCACCAAACUUCUCCUCCCUCACCAACACCAAAUUCUGUACAGUGAGAAAAAGAAUGGCUUCAACAGCUUCGUUGUGUUCAUCAGCAGCUACUAAUCUUCAAUCCCAAAUCAAUGGAUUUGGUCUUCAAAGACUAUCUUUCUCUCCUGCCCCUACUUCUUUUACCCCCACAAGGAGGACGAUGAGAACUGCUAUUAAAGCUACGUCUCGUGUUGAUAAGUUCUCAAAAAGUGAUAUUAUUGUUUCCCCAUCUAUUCUAUCAGCUAACUUUGCCAAGUUGGGAGAGCAGGUGAAAGCAGUUGAAUUGGCUGGAUGUGAUUGGAUUCAUGUUGAUGUGAUGGAUGGCCGUUUUGUGCCGAAUAUUACAAUUGGACCUCUUGUGGUUGAUGCUUUGCGCCCUGUGACAGAUCUCCCACUGGAUGUACAUUUGAUGAUUGUGGAACCUGAUCUACGAGUGCCUGAUUUUAUCAAAGCUGGAGCAGACAUUAUCAGUGUUCACUGCGAGCAAUCUUCCACCAUCCAUUUGCAUAGAGCUGUUAAUCAAAUUAAAAGUCUUGGAGCUAAAGCCGGAGUGGUUCUGAACCCAGGCACCCCACUGUCUGCCAUUGAAUACGUACUCGAUUCGGUUGAUCUGGUCUUGAUUAUGUCAGUGAACCCUGGAUUUGGUGGACAGAGCUUUAUAGAAAGCCAAGUUAAAAAGAUCUCUGACUUGAGAAAAAUGUGUCUUGAGAAGGGACUGAACCCAUGGAUUGAAGUGGAUGGAGGAGUAACUCCUAAAAAUGCCUACAAGGUUAUUGAAGCUGGUGCCAAUGCUCUUGUUGCUGGUUCAGCAGUUUUUGGAGCUAAAGAUUACGCUGAAGCUAUCAAAGGUAUCAAGACUAGCAAAAGACCUGAAGCUGUUGCAGUAUGAAAGAUGAACCUCUUGAAGGAUCAAAUUCCAGCGAUACCUACUGCUUUGUUCUUCACCCUCAUAUAAUAACCGUUCACAGUGAGCUUAAGGCAGCUGCAUAUUCCUAGCUUCAAAUCAGUGUCAGGUUUACUGCUGCUCAGUUUAGAUUCUUGUUAUAGAAAAAAAUUUAUAUAGAAUUCUCUGAAAUUGGAAGUCACACUAUGAGGCGGAUUUAAUGUAGCAUAUCCCCUGUAUAGAAGUUAGUUUGUCCAAAAUAAAUUUGCUGAGGCUUCUUCUCUCAAACAGAUUACUGCUGUUUAUUUUUGAAAAUGAAUGUAUCACUAUCAAUGAUUUCAAAGUUGCAAAUAUCUAACAGUUUUGAAUUGGUA